CAACUCGUUCUCUCUCUCCCUCUCUUCCUCUCUCUCUCUCUCUCAAAUUCAACUCUCCGGAGAAAACCCCAAAUUCAAUUCUUUUUCAUCUAAAUUCUCAUCAAAACCCUAAAAAAAAGGGCCCAAACCUAAAAUUCUCCAAUGGAAGCCCUCGUCUGCCAGAAGAUCGGAGACCCAACCCUCCCGCUCUCCGACUCGUCCCCGAUCACCAUCUCCAAAUCCCUCCCAAUCCCCAAUCUCAGCUCUCCGACCUCGGUUAGGGUUAGAAUCCAAGCAACGAGCUUGAACUACGCCAAUUACCUCCAGAUCCUGGGCAGGUACCAGGAGAAACCCCCGUUACCGUUCGUACCCGGAUCCGAUUACUCCGGCGUCGUUGAAGCGGUUGGAAAUGGGGUCGGCAGGUUUAGGGUCGGGGAUAGGGUUUGCUCCUUUGCGUCUCUUGGAUCGUACGCCGAGUUCAUUGUUGCGGACGAGAAAGACCUAUUUUUGGUGCCAGAUGGAUGUGAUCUAGUUGCAGCAGGAGCUCUACCUGUUGCAUUUGGUACUUCACAUGUAGCUCUUGUUCAUAGGGCUCAACUGAAGCCUGGUCAGGUAUUGCUUGUUCUAGGUGCAGCUGGGGGUGUUGGACUUUCUGCUGUGCAGAUAGGCAAAGUUUGUGGUGCAGUGGUCAUUGCUGUUGCUAGAGGAGCUGAAAAGGUACAGUUUCUCCGGUCCCUAGGUGUUGAUCAUGUUGUUGACUUAAGCAAGGGGAAUGUUAUAGAGAGUGUGAAGAAUUUUCUCAAGGAGAGAAAGCUCAAAGGAGUAGAUGUUCUGUAUGAUCCAGUUGGGGGCAAGCUUAUGAAAGAUAGCAUGAAACUUCUAAACUGGGGUGCAAAUAUUCUGGUUAUUGGAUUUGCUAGCGGGGACGUACCAGUCAUCCCAGCGAAUAUUGCUCUUGUUAAGAAUUGGACGGUUCAUGGACUAUACUGGGGUAGUUACAAAAUUCAUCAGCCUCAUAUUCUUGAAGACUCGCUCAACGAACUACUCUCGUGGCUAUCAAAGGGUUUAAUAACCAUCCAAAUUUCUCAUGCAUACAGCAUGUCUGAGGCAAAUCUUGCCUUUGCUGCUAUCAAAGAAAGGAAAGUCAUUGGAAAGGUGAUGCUUGUGAUGAAUACUUCCGCGGGAGCGAGAUCCAAACUCUGAGAAUUAUGAUUAAUUUGAGUGUUCUAUAAUGUCGCCAAGACAGACUAUCAUGUGUAACGUAACAAUAAUUUUCUCCGCAAUAAUGAAAAUCCCCAGUGUAUCUUAUUGUGCUUC